AUGUCCAGUUUAAUUUGCAAAACUUUACACCAUGUAAGGUCUUCUGUUAGAGCUUGUUCAUCAAAUUACAAUAAUCUCUAUUUCAUUCAAAUCCACCUGUUUUCUUUAUCAUCACUUGAAACCACUCCAAAUCAACACUCAUUUACAGUGAAUUACUUCAUAAACUCAUGUGGGUUUCCUUCAGAAAAGGCUCUCUCAACAUCGAAUUAUGUCAAAUUUGAAACUCCAAACAAACCUUACUUUGUUCUCGCAUUUUUGGAGAACCACGGCUUCACCAAAACCCAGAUCUCAAAUCUCGUCAGGAAGUAUCCUCCGGUAAUCUUAUGUGAUCCGGAGAAAACCCCUUUGCUCAAAUUCCAGUUUUUCAAAUCUAAAGGUGUUUCGAGCACUGAUGUUGCCAAAAUACUAUCUUCAGCUCCAACUGUUUUGAAAAGAAGCAUGGAAAACCAAAUAAUCCCCUCUUUCAAUUUCUUUAAAAGUUUUAUACAAUCUGAAGAGGAGACAAUAUCUGCUAUUAAACGCAAUUUCAAGCUUCUGUUAGUUGAUCUUCAAGCUUGUGCAUUACCCAAUGUUGAAUUUUUGAGAGAAGCUAAUGUGCUAGAUGCAAAAAAUUUGUUCAUGUUAAAGUUCAUGUCUGGAGCAUUCAAUUCAACUAGUGAUAGGUUUAGAAAGAUUGUGAAUGAGGUAAAGAAAUUAGGUUUUAAUCCUUCGAAAUUGAAUUUUGUGUUAGCGGUUCAUGCAUUGAAGUCAAUGAGUAAAUCAACUUGGGAAAGAAAGUUGAGGUUUAUAAGAAGUGGGGUUUGUCUGAGGAUGACAUUGUUGUGGCUUUUGGGAAGUAUCCAUGGUGUAUGA